AUGGCCGACAAUAUAGUUGCGAUUCCCACUGCCGCCGCACUUGCUCACGGAGAACACGUGGACUAUAUGUGUGCUAGUGCAGGUGAUUCAUUGCUAGAUCUCAAAGCCAACGAAGUCGUACCGCCAUACUGCAACGCUGUCUUCAACACCGAGGCUGUCUUGGACAACCCCCUCGUCCCACUCAACAAGUCUCAGUACCCGCGUCGUGCAAUGGGUGGAAGAGCUCUAUUGCAUCCGAGCGCGGGCGGGUCAGUAGCAAACGUAUUGCGAAACUCGGCUGGGAGAUUGCCAGAGAGAAUGUUGGAGAGCGUUCUUGCGGUCGACAAAAGAGAUCAAUUGUAUGUUAACAUGGAGGCCAUCCCCUCCCUAGCCUGUCGUCUCGAUGGGUUUCAAGACCAACUUGUCACUCUGAUUAGCGGGACAGCUCAUGUCCGCCCAACGCUUCCAGACGGGACUACGAUGCCUGAAGCGGUGACUGCGGGCGAAGCUGCUGGAUUUACUGCUGACACUCUAGGAAUGGUUUGCAUUCACUGCGAUCCCCUGCCGUAUGGAGAUGGCAUUGAUCCAGAGGCAGUGUUCAUUCCCGUAACUCAUGGACAAGUGAAGUUCAAUAAGUUCAAUGUGAUCGACAAGUUUGGCAGAGGAGUGGAAGUUGUUGCUAGAGACAGCCUUAUGCCAACUAUCUCAUCAGUGUACCAGCCUUCAUAUCAUAUGGUCAACGGCAAAGAGACGCCCAAUGUCGUGGUUUCCACCGGAGACAAAUGUGAAUACUUUCAAAUCCCGCCAUCCAUCAAUCAGCCGGCAAGACUUUUCAACGCGUAUCUGAAGCCGGGGGAUAUUGGCCAAAGCACCUGGAGGCCUUGCAGCGAGUGGGAAGAUCCGGUUUGUGGGUACAUCAUGUACAACAGCGUCGAUCUUUCGUUGCAGGUGUUCACAUCUGCUGGGCACUUUCGUGCAGAGAUCCUGACCUCCGAGGGCGAUGCCGCCGCAAAAGUCGCUCAGUUGAAUCAACCUCCCAUAAGCCAGGACUCUUUCGCGCCUCCUCUGACGGACAAUGCCGAUCAGUGGAAGAUUAAUAUCUUGGAUGAUUUCAUCCAAAAUUUGAAGACCAAACGCUAUGCUCUUCGAAUAAUUGAGAUCCUGGGCGACGCUUCCAGCUGUAUGGCGCCCCCUGCAGAAUCGUAUUCCAGCGUCAUGAACGCUGCCUUUGGUCGUCCUUUUGCGUUGGCCAUCGCCCGAUGGUCGAUUGAACUGAAUCACGAGGAACCGAAACCCCAGACAAGCCUUCAGAACCUCGCUGGAAAAUCCUACUCCAAGCUCUCUGACUACGACUUGCCUCUCCAUCUCGGACUGAAAGAAUACUCCGACGAUGGUCUGGCCGCGUAUAUUCCUUUGCGGGAAGACGCCCCGAGACAGCCAGACUUCGGCAAGAUCUUUACGUUCUGGCCCAGCGGCGUGGCUGAAACCGACCUGAACGAAGAUUUCGCAUGCAACCCAAUACAUCCUUCCAACCUACCCACCCUGAAAGCCCGCCAUGUCGACUUAUUCGAAAAUGGCCGUGUCCUGGAAGUCGAUGACAUGAUCAAAGGACGGCAGGAGCAAAUCCUUCCCUUUUGUCUCCUUGUUUAUGUUUUCCACCCCGUGAAAGCCCAGACUGGCGUCCUCCCACCAUCAAGCCUAGCGCUUCCAGACUGGGCCGUGCAGCAAGCGCUGCGGAAGAUCAGGCUGUGCUACCGCGCGGGACCGUUUCUGUUCCGAGAAGAUCCUCUCGAAUCACUGAAGGCGGCGGGAGCAGAGAAUCCUCCAGCGCCGCCAACUGCAGGUGCCAGGGUACACGUCCCGGUCGUGCCGUACGGGAAGUGGUCAUGGUUGCAGCCGUAUAUUAUUGAUGGUAACACGAAAUACUGGAGCCAAGAUGUCGAUAAGGCCGAGGCAAAAGGGGAUGUUCCUGAAGUGCGCAAUUAUCCCUUCACAAUGGCCGAUGGUAUUAUGAUGUCGACAGAGUCGCUGCUCCAUGAAGCCUAG